UGUUUCCUUUGAGCAAUGUUUACUGUAAUACACACACACCUGAGCAGAGACGAAAAAGAAAAAAAGUGAACGAAAACGAAAAUUUUAAGCACCACAUUGUUAAAAUAAAAAAAAAACCAAAAAUUCCCCGCCACAAUCCUUAGCAGUGGUACACUAAAGAUUGGCAGUAAAAUGCUACUCAAGGAACUGAUAAGAUUUUCCACACAACAUCGCACUCUGUAUUGUUAUAUGAUUUUGAGUAUAUGGAUAUUUUUGCUCAUAGCAGGAAUGUAUAAAUAUAUAGGUCGCAAUACCAACUCUUUGAGCUAUAUUCUCAAUGGUAAUUCCCAUAUGUAUGGUGGAGCCUCUAUAACAGCCACCCCUUCAAUGGAUUCCAAUAAUUUUGCCAAAUACAAGACUCGUUGUACACCAUUGUCCCAUAUCAAUCGUUUGGAUGAUGGUGGCAUAUUGGAUGGCUGGAAACUGCAGGGUGUCUUAAUGAUUAUCCGGCAUGGCGACCGUGGUCCCAUGUCCCAUGUGCGUAGUGUACCACAUUUGGAUUGUGGCAUUACUGGGGAUAAUUUGGUUAAUAAAUAUCGCAGUUUUUUGUACAACACAACUUCAGUGUCCGGUUCAAAUCACAUGUAUUGGAAUAAAGUUGGACCAUUUCAUGGUUUUCCUUUGUUACCAUUGACCGAAAAGGAAUGCCUUUUGGGACAGUUGACUUAUAAAGGCAUAGCCCAAUUGUUGCAUGUUGGCGAAAUACUCCAUCAGAUCUAUGCCCAUCCAUUGGGUUUGUGGAUAAGACAGGCAGCCACCAAUCAAUAUGGCAGAAGUGUGGCAAAUUCUACACCCUACUCCACGCUGUUAAAUUCCGAUGAAGUGGUGGUCUAUACCACACGAGUGAGAAGAACCUUUCAAUCAGCAUUGGCUUUGCUCUACACAUUUUUGCCCACGGACAAAUGGUUGGCUCUUAAUGUCAAGGAAUCGCAUAGCAUAGCCUUUUGUUUUACCGAUUGUGUUUGUCAAAAGGCAGAUGCUCUGAGAAAGGAGCUGCUAAAAGUGCAAAAGAGGGGACUGGCCAAACAGCCCAUGGUUACACAGGUCAUGCAUUGGAUAGGCAAUCAAUUGUUGCAACAUACCCCCAAUGGCAUAAAUGAUCCUAAUGAAGUUGUGGAUGCCAUGCUGACCGUAAUGUGUCAUGAUGCCCCCUGGCCAUGCAGACGAAAUGUCAAUGGGACGGAACGCAUGGCGGUUAGUACUAAGGCGAAUGAUUUGGAUUUAAAUGAUGUCAUAAAUAUCGAUCAGGAUGAUGUUUUGACGGGGGGAGUAGGUGGCGCAGGCAUGGUUAACGGAGUGGAUGCCUUAGGUGCGGUCAAUGCUGUGGGUGAUGUAAACUCCAAUGCGAUACAAUUGCAAACGGCCAAUGAGGAAGUCUCUACCUCGGCCAAUAAUGAGGCCUGCAUUGAAGCCAGUCAUGUCUCCACCAUGAUGUCAUUUUCCAAUUGGCAAUCGACGCGAGAGGUCCAUCAUGCCUUUUAUAAAAGAAUUGGUCUGAUGAGAGCCUAUGGCAUGAUACGCCACAUAGUGAGUUAUAUGCUGCGCAUGAUCUCCGGAGAUCGCACCAAGUUUGUUCUAUACUCCGGUCACGAUUGGACACUGCAAUAUCUAACCGCUGCCCUGGGUAUACAAACGGAUAACACCUUCAUAGCCUAUGCGGCGCGUUUGGCCUUUGAGGUUUACAAGAGUGAGGCGCACACUGACUAUUACUUUCGGGUAGUCUAUGAUGGUCAUGAUGUCACACAGCAAAUUGACUUUUGUGAGGGUGGCAAGAGUUUGAGGGUCACACGCGACAGUAGAGGCAACAAGGCUGACCUUUGUCCCAUUGAGAAUAUCAUACGAUUUUUACAUGAGGACUAUUUUGGACCAUUGAAUGCCACCAAUUUUAAGGAUGCCUGCAUAAUGACAGCAAAUCCCAAGGGAAAUGAGUUUUGAGUUUAGCCACAUGUACAAUUUACAUACAUAUGUUAUAUACAUGCAUAUCAUUAAUGCUAGGGUAUUAUACACACACACACACACACACAUAAUAUACAUACCUUAAGAGAUAAGCCAUUCCACAGGAAACGUAAACGAAACAUAUCAAAGAAUUUUUGAGAAAAAAAAUUGAAAUUCAAAAAUUCUUAUUUUUAGGAUAAGCAAAAGAAAAAAAAAGAGGAAAACCAACAACCAAAACAUAUCAAAACUGUGAUAACAUUAGUUAAAUAUGAUUAUUUAUUUUAAGAAAGAAGACAAGAAAGAAGGUCAAAAUAUGACAAUGACGAUAUUGAAUACUAAAUCAAUGUCCAUUCAUUUACUUUAAAACAAACAAACCAAACAUAUCUGCAACAUGCAACAUACAUAUCAUGAAAAAAUACCUUAAGUGUAUAAAUUGUAGCAUAUAAGAUACUUAUAUUUACUUAACUUUAUCGAUUAUGUACAACUAAUGUAAACCAAAAAGGAGAAAUAAAAACGAUAACGAAUGAACGACAUUUCAACA